AUGACUCUUUUGCCUCUUAUUAUUUUUUCUGAUAAUGGUACGAAUGAAUGCCAUUCUUGUCCUUUUAGUUUGACUUAUGGCCGAGUGCAGGGCCAGACAAUGAAUAACACAACCGGCUUGGCACUGGUAGCUGGCAGCCAAGAGGAGUUACCGGCGCACCGAGCUUUAACGGGCUGCGUCCUAGCGCUGCUUAUCAUUUGGACGCUUUUAGGCAACAUCACGGUGUGCGCAGCCGUUUUUCGUUACCGGCACCUGCGCGCUAAAGUAACCAAUACCUUCAUCGUGUCCCUGGCUCUGUCGGACCUCCUGGUCGCCGUGCUGGUGAUGCCAUGGAAAGCUGUGGCUGAAGUGGCUGGUUUCUGGCCGUUUGGGGGGUUCUGUAAGACCUGGUUGGCCUGCGACAUCAUGUGCUCCACGGCCUCCAUCCUCAACCUGUGCGUUAUUAGUGUGGAUCGAUUCUGGGCCAUCUCCAGCCCUUUCCGGUAUGAGAGGAGUAUGAACAAGAAGGUGGCCUCUGUUAUGAUCGGCGUGACCUGGACAGUCUCCGUGGUCAUCUCCUUUGUUCCCGUGCAGCUGAACUGGCACCGGGCGGAGAUCAGUGAUCCGGCUGAGGAGGAUUUGGCGCUUCACGGUAAGAGUGUUGAUGGGAGCUGUGACUCCAGCCUGAGCCGCACGUACGCCAUCUCCUCCUCCCUGAUCAGCUUCUACAUCCCCGUGGCUAUCAUGAUUGUCACAUACACCCGCAUCUAUCGGAUAGCCCUGAUACAGAUCCGGAUGAUAUCCUCCCUGGAGCGGGCGGCGGAGCACGCGCAGAGUUGCCGCUCCGACGGACCUGAACUAUUUCCCCACAUGUGCACGGAAAUCAGUGCCAACUCAUAUCAGUCUCAUAUCCGUCUUCAUUCUGAUUCUCAGCGCUCUAAUAAGUCACACCGGGAGCUCAAAGUCUCCAUCAGAAAGGAGACAAAAGUCCUCAAAACUCUGAGCAUCAUCAUGGGUGUUUUUGUCUGCUGCUGGUUGCCAUUCUUUGUCCUGAACUGCGCUCUGCCUUUCUGUCCUGGACCAGAGGCCCCGGGGGCCCAGCGGGGCCCUUACUGUGUCAGUGAAAAAACAUUCGAUGUCUUCGUGUGGAUCGGCUGGAGCAAUUCGUCCCUCAACCCGAUCAUCUAUGCGUUCAACGCGGACUUCAGAGACGCCUUCCUGCGCUUGUUGCGCUGCCGCGGACGAGGCUGCUGGACCGCGGUGAGCGCAGCGGUGGAGACGGUGAUGGCGAGCAACGAGGCCGGACAGCUGAAGCAGGAGAGCCCGCUGAACGUGAAGCUGAGCGUCUCCUGUGCCAUGAAAACCGGGGGAAGUGAUGACAGCGGGAACACAACGGUGACUGUGUUUUAUCACAGAAGAACAACCACGGAACAGGUGGUGGACACUGAGGAAAGCAAGGACAAAGACAGACUGACGCAGAUACCGAUAUAAGUGACACAAUUUAUGAAAUCCCUUGUGCGGGGUCAGGAAGCAGGACAAGUAGGCCUAUGCUAAGAAAGUGGAUAGUGAUCACACUCGACCCCAGCUGUAGUACAGGCCCAGGAAAAAAGAAGCACUGGAGCACAGUGAUUUUACUCCAAGCUCUUAAACAUGCAGGUGGACAAACACCAGGCUACAUACAGACAAAAACGACAAAAUAACACCCAUCAUCCCUAUUUUUACCAUGCAUUGCAUUGUCCUUUUCUUCUUUCUUUAGGACAUUCGUUUUCAUGAGCAUAGUACAUUUUUUGGGAUAAUUGUAGAUGGAGCUGUUAUUCUUUUAUUUGUCUGUGGGCUAUAGGCUAGCUUCAUUUUUGUUCACAUGGAUAUUUACCCAACAUAGACUUUUUGGGAUCUUGCAAAAUUCAGUGUGAGGACUAGGCUACCUCUCCUUUUACUUAUCAGGACAAAUAUAGACAGGUCCAGAUAUGGGUAGAUAAAGUGAGGCCCAUGAGCAAGAUUAAGAUAGGAGUGAGGUUGACUGAUUUUUACAAUUAUUUUUCUGUAGCCUAAAUAGUUAAAUCAUGUUAAAAAGAAACUCAAAAGGAAAGAAGCAAUUAAAUUUUUUCAUGUCAUUUUCUAAGAAAAUUAAUGACAGGCACCUGUAGGAUGGUCAAAGUCUUGAAUAAAGCUGGGACUCAUUUAUAGUUUUCUCAGUCUCAGUGUUAGUUUAGAAUUGAUGUUGUACAUGGAUGAUAAAGCACCUUAAAGUCACAUUCCUGAAGUAAUAUGCCUAAUUAAACAAGUGAAAUAUGUCACCUGUUUUACUUGAAAAACACUGACAUUGAGAUUUUCUAGUGAGGCUGGUUCCCCACCGUGGAGGGAGAGUUAUCAGAGGUUUUCUCUGAAUCUCUAGAAAUGGGAUUACGUAACUAACUCACAUUAGCACCCCUCAGCUGUGCAUCUUGGUGGAUAAACUGUGCACUCUGUUUCCCCUCUAUCUCCUGAAAGAAACAAACAUAAAUAAUUUGUAAAGGUUGUUCCUGUGAAAGAUGCCCUGACCAGUGAGAACACAGAAGCUUUUAUGGUGACAACCCUCAAAAACACAAGAUGAGAUUAUUAUCUAUGCAGCGAGGCUGAUGCAGGAACAAAAGUAUAGUUGGAGAUCUGCAGUCUCAUAUCCUGAACUUUCUACAGAUUAACAUCAGUUCAUUUUUGUUUAAUGAGACUUCCUUGUUGGUGUUAAAUGUAAAAGUGUGUGUUACAACCUCAAGGAGCCACAAGCCUUAAUGGAGCCAACAAGAAAUAUGACUCCAUCCUGAGCUGCAAAUAUUUUGUUGGUGGUUGUGAUUACAUUACUGUUACAAGAUUUAAAGCAAUAGUUCUUUUGGGAAAUACACUUUUUUGCUUGUCGAGAGUUAGAUGAGAAGAUUGAUGCCACUCUCAUACAGUAUCUGUCUGGUAAAUAGGCUAGCAUAUGUAGCUACAGCUAGCAGCAGAUUAGCUUAUACAGUAGCUUAGUACAAAGACUGGAAACAGCCAGCAUGGGUCUAGCUAGCUCCUCUGCAAGCCUCUGCAACCUACUGUUACCCAAAACACCCUUCUCUGUGCAGGUUCACAAAGACGUGUAUGUGUAUCUUUGGAGAAGCAUAAUUCCACCUUUAGAUGAGAAGACUAAUACCACGCUCAUAUCUGUAAGGUCAUUAUGGAGCUACUGCUAGCAGCAUAAAGACUGGAAGCAGCGAGAAAUGGCUGUCCUGGUUUUGUACAAAGGUUACAACAUCCACCUACCAUCAUUUCUAAAGCUCACUAAUUAUGCGUUUUAUCUCGUUUCUUUAAUCGGUACAAAAAACGAAGCAUAAAAACAACAAUACGCUGUUUUAUGGGGGGUUAUGUGCCGGACUAUUUCAUUGCUAGGAGCAGUUGCCAGGCAACCUGAGGAGACUCCAGGAAGUUAGCGUUACUCCCAGCUGAGAAAUAGUAAGACGGUGAGUUGUCGUAAUUAGUGAGCUUUAGAGUUGCUGGUAGGCGGAUUUUGUUAGCUCUGGACAGAGUAAGGCUAGCUGUUUCCCCCUGUUUCCAGUCUUUAUGCUAAGCUAAGCCAACCGGCUGCUGGCUCCAGCUACAUAUUUACCGUAAAGACAUGAGAGUGGUAUGGAUUCUCUCUUCUAACUCUCUGUAAGAAAGAGAAUAAUCCUAUUUCCCUUAAAUGUCAAGCUAUUCCUUUAAAGUGCACCACAUAUUAUGGAUCAGUGCAACAACUAAUAUACAGUCCUAAUUUGCAAUUUCACCGAAAAUGUAUGCAGUUGACACAUGUAUUAUCUCUAUUAGGCACCAGUGAUAACAUGUUUGUGUCUGUGUUUAUUCUGAUUAUGCAGAAGUGAGAGAACACAGAGAUGGUACGGUAUACCGUAUAAUUGUUUCCAGAGGGGAAGCGUGUGCAGCAUUAUGGUAUCUGCUGUGUAAUGUGCUUGUAACCUACAUAGCACAUCCAUCAGCUGUAGGUGUCUCCAACUGUAUGUAAGAAUAGUCACCAUACCAAAGAGGAUUAAUAAAACAAAGGUCAAAUUAUUUUUAAUGAACGUGUCUCCCAUUUACAGUGGUUGCAUGUAGGUUGCUGCGGGAGAAAAGUCAUUACAGGCCUGACUGGAGUGCGCUUCAGAGAGAAGUAUGUGGGGUCCUAUCUCUGAGGAAUAACAAAGUGAUUACAUCUAUUAAUAUUGACUGAGUGUCCUUGUUUCGUUCUUUCUCUAUUUCAUUCUCAUGUCACCCAAAAGGAGCUCACCGCAUUAACAUGUCUGUCUGGGUAGUUGUGUUUACCUGGGGAAACUUUGAAUGGGCCACACCUGCCAACCUGAAAGGUGUGUGAGUUAAAGGAGCCCUCGAGGCUGCAGGCAAGACAGAAAGAGAGAGCGAGACGGUGAGUUCCAGAAGGAGCUGUAAAUCGAUUUGUGUACUUAAGGUGCGGGAACACAUCCAGCAAAGGUACUGUAACUACUGCUCUGAAGUCUCAGCAUACAGGGAGAACACUUUAUUUAUACAUUCAUCCCAUUUUAAUAAGACAAUAUUACCAGAAGAGACAACAACGACAGAAAAACUACCCAUGUUUAGAGUGUAACAUACAGCCUAUUUGAGACUGUCCCAAGAAAUACAAGAGCAUCAGUCAUUUCAGCAAAUGCCCAAAAAUGGCAUAUGUUUACAUUCAAGUGACAAAGCCCUCUAGCGGCUGUAGGAAUUAGAGUUGUGACGUUCGCGAACGAACCGAUUCUUUUGAACAGCUCAUAAACAUGAACGAUGGGAGCCGAGUCGCGGCUGGAGGGGAGCCGUUCUUUCUGUCGUUCUUUUUUCCUAUGCGUGUUUCACACAGAUGCACACAAAUGAGCUCCUCCGCGAGACAGAACAGUUAUAGGGGGAGGGGUGCACCCAGCGCAGGCCAACCCUUUAUAGCGUGAUGAUAUUAGUUAUUAGUUGUGCAAGCAUCCUUCACGUGAGUACUCCAGUGGAAAAAAAACCUGCGUUCCUCUGUCAUUGGGUAGGAGCGGAGCCAUGACAUGUGCACGCUGCCGUCACAUGCUUACUCCAGUUAAAAAACAAAAAAAAACAAAAAAACACGUGCGAUUGCCUCUCUGUCUCAGUGCCAAACAAAGUUUACAGUAGUAAUAGUAUGUAGUAUGUAGACAUUUCCAUUUUAUUUAUUCUAAUUUUAUCUACUUUAAAUAUUUUUUGUUUUCUAUCAAAAUGUUCUUGUGUGAUAACAAUGUUCUUGUGUGGAAGUGUUUGUAGUAAAAGCUGUUUUGCACAGAAA